AUGCCGAUGACCUGGAAUGACGGCGCUGAUGCCAAGCUCCUACUGGCCAUUCUGAAGACCGCAGAGCCUAAGUUGGACCACAAGGCCAUCGCAGACAUAAUGGGCCCCGAAUGUACUCCCAUCGCCGUCCAGCGCCGCAUCCAGCGUCUCCGCGAAAAGAUUAAGAUCCCUGACUCUGCUACUGCCGGUGAUGGAGACGCAAACGAGAACGGCAACGGUGCUUCCGAUGGAGCUGCUGGUGCUUCUGUCCACUCAAGCCCGGACAAGCGCAAGAGGGGCAGGGCAAAGAAGGGCGCUAUUGCGCCGGCUCCCGGAGACGAGAACGCUCUUCCUGCCUCGGCGGAUGUUGACGAGAGUCCUACCAAGAAGACCAAGGGCCGCCCUAGGGGAAAGGGCAAGAAAGCCGCCAUGAAGGAGGAGGAAGAGGAUGUUCCUGUUGGAGAGGAGAUGGUCGAUGCCCCUGUCAAGGCGGAGGAAGACAUCACCGAUGCGGAGAUGGCUUGA